CUUCUCUUCAAACAAUUAUGGCAAACACUAGUUUCUCAUCUCUUUCUUUUUUCUUUUGCGUUUUCCUCCUGUGCCAUGGCUCCAUGGCGCAACUGUUUAGCCAGAGCUUAAACCUGUGGCAAAGUCCUCGCCAAGGAGCUUUCAGGGAGUGCAGAUUUGAUAGGCUACAAGCACAUGAACCACUCCGUCAAGUGAGGUCACAAGGGGGUCUGACCGAGUAUUUUGAUGAGCAGAAUGAGCAAUUUCUCUGCAGUGGUGUAUCCGUCAUCCGUCGUGUUAUCAAUCCUCGAGGCCUUCUCUUACCUCGAUACCAUAAUACUCCAGGAUUAGUCUACAUCAUCAGAGGUAGUGGGUUUGCCGGGUUUGCUUUUCCUGGAUGCCCAGAGACCUUCCAACAAUUUGAGCAAGCACAAGGUCCAAGCCAAAGCCAACAAUUUAGUGAUGAGCACCAAAAAGUCCACCGUUUUCAACAAGGAGAUGUCAUUGCGCUGCCGGUUGGUGUUGCACAUUGGUUGUACAACGAUGGUGAUGCACCAAUUGUAGCUAUCUAUGUUUUUGACACAAACAGCAACGCCAAUCAGCUUGAACCUAGGCGAAAGGAAUUUAUGUUGGCUGGUGCAAAUAGGUUGGCGCAACAGUACUUCGGCGACAACAUAUUUAGUGGAUUCAAUGUGCAGUUGCUUAGUGAGGCCCUUGAUAUAAAUGAACUGACAGCACAGAGGCUUCAGAGUCAAUAUGAGCAAAGAGGUGAAAUCAUCCUUGUGGAUCAUGGUCUUCAAUUUGUGAAGCCUGCUGUUAUUCAACAAAAGGAGCAACUGUCGUAUCCGCAAGGGCGGUCUCAGAUUGGGCGAUCAAUUGGUGGAAGUUUGAAUGGUUUGGAGGAGAACUUUUGUGAUCAUAAGCCAAUCAUAAACAUCGAAGAUCCCAAUCAAGCUGACGAAUACAAUCCACGUGCUGGGAGGAUAACACAUCUUAACAGCCAGAAGUUCUCCAUCCUUAACACCGUGCAAAUGAGUGCUACAAGAGUAGACCUCUACCAGAAUGCUAUUCUUUCACCAUCCUGGAAUAUUAAUGCUCAUAGCGUGGUGUACAUGAUCCAAGGGCAUGCUUGGGUUCAGGUCGCCAACAACCAGGGUCAAAAUGUGUUCAAUGGCCUUCUUCGUUCGGGGCAACUAUUAAUCAUCCCACAAAACUAUGUUGUUCUAAAAAAGGCGGAGCGUGAAGGAUCCCAACACAUUGCAUUUAAGACCAAUGCAAACUCCAUGGUUAGUCACAUCGCAGGAAAGAACUCAAUAUUUCAAGCGUUGCCUACUGACGUCAUCGCCAAUGCGUACCGCAUCUCAAAAGAGGAAGCCCAAAACCUCAAAACCAACAGGGGAGAAGAGUUUGGCGCCUUCACUACUAAAUUCCCUCCAUUGAGCUACCAGAGUUUUGAGGAAUCAGCUUCAAGUCGCAAGGCAUCAGAGUGAAUGAACUAAUAUAUAUGAGAACUGUAGAGUAAAAUAAAUAAAUCUCAAGUGUGCAGCACUUGAUGUUUGUGUUCUCAAUAAAAUAUAAAUAAAAGUUUGUGUGUUUCAUAUGUGUGUCUGUUUUGUAUUCCCGCUCUCUAUACUUCCAGUGGCAGAGCCAGAUGAUUGAUGCA